GGGAGGACAGAGAGCAAAGAGUCGAGGCUUUGUUCGGGGCGGCUGGACCCGUGGACCGGGUGAAAGUGCACAGAGAGGAGAGAGAUGGAGGAGAGAGGACUGGACUGACCCCGAUCCAGGAUCCCCCUCCUCCUUUAGUGUAAACAUGGCCUCCCUCCAUGUCGUCCUCAUGUAACUUUUACAUAUGAGCCUCCGCAGAUGGUCAUGAUUCCCCCUCUCACAUCCUCGCUUGAGCCUGACACGCCAAGUGUUGAUUACCUCCCUCUUAUCUCGACCACAUCACAGUGAGGGUGCGAUCUAACACGUCACAUUCAUCACCGCACAGAGUUUGCAAAUUCGCCCCAAGUUGACGAUUGUUUACACAAUUAAUUCGCCGGCUACUGUACGGCGCAGGUGCUUCCUGUCCGCCGUUAUUUCUCCCCCUCCACUCCAAAAUGAUAAUGUGUGUAAUUUGUUUCAAUGAGGGCAGGAAUGGAGAGAAUUGACAGUGGAGGGGGUGAAGGUGGGGGGAGUCUGGAGAGGAGGAAUGGGCCGGGCCGGGGCCUGCACAAGGGGUGUGGUUGGGUAUAAACCAGGGGACAGUAGGUUUUCUGUUGUUGUCCCGUUUUGAAGCCCUCUGCCCCUGGCAUUCUGCACCCCUCCACUCUCUUUCUUCCUUUUCUCUUUCCUUGUCCUCCUUUUCGCUCCCUCCAGAGCGGGACUCUUCCUCGGCUGACUCGGUCUUUUGGGAGCUCUGUUAGAAGCCAGAAACCAUGCUGACGUUUUUGGCGCUGGCGUCGGUCGUCCUCCUGGGAAUAGGUAAAAAAAACAAAAAACAACAAAGAAUAGAUUUGCUUUUAACAUUCAUUGAGUUUUAUUGUGAUGAUGAGAAAGCCCACUGUGAAUUGCAGCUAUUGAUAGUGGAGAUGUGGAAAUUAUCUCUCCUCUGAUUUGAGGUUAAAGGUUAAACCGUGAAGCUGAUUUUUCAUCUGAAGUGCUUACCUGAAUACUGAUCACGAUGAUAAAAAGGGUCAACAGGCUUUCUAUUACAUGAAUCGAUCCUCCUCUGAAACGAAAUAUCUCUCUGUACACUCGAUUAAUACAAAUCUGGGUAUUUUAAUUAACAUGCUUUGUGUCCUAACGGGGGGAAAAGGCCGUAAAGACACCUGUAAAGGACAUCCUCAGGUGUAUCGUGGUAAAUGGCCCGUGUCUUGUAAGCGGAUUGGCUCCUUUUUUAUGAAGCAGCUGUCUCUAAGCUUGCAAAGUUAAAGAGCACUAAUAUUAUGACUUUUAUACCAAAGGUUGGCAGACACUUUGCUCUCACUCAGACGGCUUUUUUCUCUCCUCCCAGCCUGUCAGCUAUUUGCGGUUUUGUCAGAAUUUUAAUUAAAAAAUGUCAAGCGUGAUUUCAUUGACAGUUUCUCGGUGGCUGUCUGCUCUAAAGGUGCCUGUUCAAGGACGCUCGCAGAGAGAGAGAGAGAGAGAGAGCUGUGAACUUUAACUCUCUUGGUGUUAGAAACUUAAGAGCAUCGAUGCAGCUCUGUACGUCGUUUUAAAUCAAACCGAACGAGAAGCGAAAAUGCUGCUUUCCACCCGUAUUUGAGACACCGGGUGCAUUUUCAGGGAAAGUAAAAUAUUGAUUCUGCAGCCAGACCAAAUUAACAUCCAUCAUUAAAUAUUAUUCAAGCAUAAACAGUGCCUAUGAUUAAGCCAACAUAAUCUAUAUUAAUGGAGAAAAUGAUGUUACCCUUUGACUCCAAGAGACUCGCACUAAUAUUCCUGCGAUAAUCCAAAUAUUUACAGAGUGCAUGUCUGAAUCGAUGGAGGAUCUGACACGGCUAAAUGUCUCGUUAAAUGGCGUGUGUCUCGGUGUCUAUUUAAGUAUUUGGGAUUUGUUUUAGUGAUUUCGAGGAGAAAAGUAAUUAAGGCUUUUGGAGUAAUGCUUUGUGUGCUUUGUGAUCACAGUAAGGACUGAAAGAUGUUCAGGAUUGUGGUGACUUAGGCAGAAAUGCUUCACACUCCAUUGUAUUUACAUUGACAGCAUAAUACAGGGAUUAGAGCGAGUAGACGUGUCAGUCAGCUCUGUGCAAACUUGAGUUUCUGCAGCAGUCAGGAGAAACACUGACUCAGAAUCAAGUGAAACUUCUUCAGAUGAUGUUGGUGGUUGUUUUGUUUGUAACUGACCUGCGUCCACCUCCUCCUCGUGUGUCCCAGUACCCGAGCGGUCCCAGGCCAUCGUCAUCUAUACCGGCUGGGAGCGCCACGCCCUGGUGGGCUCCGACAUCCGGCUGUCCUGUUCUUUCUUCUCCUGGCGCUGGACCUCUGAGGACGUCACCUUCUCCUGGACUUACAGACCCGAUGGCUCCCGGGACAGCAUCUCUGUAAUUCACACACACACACACAGACACACACAGACACACAUAUACACACACUCACAAUAGGCUCCUGCAUGUCCUGUACCAUUAUCUAACCAUGUUAUCAUCCUGUAAAGGAAUUAGAGUGUCGUGUUACUGGAGAGUUUUCAGUUCACAUCCGCACUAAAGCUGCUCCUCAUGAGUUCGUCAUUGAGCAGACUUAAAGUCCUGGUCUGGGUCUGAACUGAUGCUCUGAGAGGCUGGUUUUGGUCUGUCUUGAAGUGAUGCACAACAUUGUUUUCUUAUGCAGCUGAAUUCUGACAAACAAGACAAACCGGUGCUGGUUUUGCUCAGCUGGUGGAGCAGGCGCCCGUGUGCAGGUGCAACAGUCCUCGCUGCACUGGCUGCAGGAUUGAUUUCUUCUCCCAGCUUGACUUUUUCGCCUCUCAUCCUACAUCUACUGUCUUUUUCUCGAGCUGUCCUUUCAAAAUAAAAGCGAAAAGCAGAUACUCAACAUGUUGAAGCUUGUUUUGAGCAGUUUGAUUGUUGAUUUGUGCGCAUAAUUAACUCGUCAGCUGCAGAAACGUCCAUAUCUGCCAAUUCUGGUAAUUUAGUUUUUUCUCAAGUGCUUUUUGUUGGGUUUCAGCCUUUAUUUUGACAGGAAAACAAGGGGGAUAAAGAGAGAAUUGGCAUGCACCAAAUCAUGCUGGGAUCAGGAAUAGAUUCCUCAUUUACAAAUCUACCAAUUCUAGCAAUUACUUUUAUGUUUUCGAGAAUAUUUUGGCCUUUAAUUUGAAAGGACAGCUCAAAAGAGAGGCAGGAAUCAAUCCUACAACCAGUGGAAGUAGAGUUUUAACUUUUGUACAUGGGUGAUCGUAAAAGACCACCAUUACCUGAGAGUUUUGUCAGAAAAAGAUGAGCACCUGAACUCCAUAAACUGCAACUUUAUUACUACGAUUAUAAAAUGUCGUUUCAAGGUCGGUUACUUCACACUUUUACAUUGUUUUGGCUGUUUUUUGUUUCGCUCCACUCUUGUGCCAUCCUCAGCACAAAUCAGUGUCCUAUAACCUCCUCCAACAAUGCCCCUCCAGCUCCAAAGGACACACACACAAAGUUAGCGAUCAGCGGGUGAAGAUAGUGUUUAGCCUUUUGUCGCUGAGAGGCGACAUAGUUAGCAUAAAUCAUUAAGGGGAGUAACAGCAGAGAGGAACCCUGUCCCGUUUUCUGCUUAUCUCCCUUGAAUAAACUUGUGAUGUUAUUUACUUCUCCCUCUGAGAGUUAACCUUUUUAUCAAAUUCAGGAAAGCUACGGAUUAAUAUUUUAGUAGGACGCACAAAAAGGCCUUUUGCACAACAGACGGGUCGCCUUGACAACAAUGCCUACCUCUUUUGUCAAAAGAGGGUUUUGUUUACACCCUCGCCGCCCCUGCCAGGCACAGAGAGGGACGCAGAUUUGAGCAGUGAGGAGGGGCGGAGCACUGAUGUCACACAUUAAAAAGCUUUUAUCGAACCUGUUUAAGUUUAUUUUAAAACCUUUUUAAUAUGAGGAUACGUGGACGGAUGGUUAUUUGUGCCCAAAUUGUGUUUUUUUUGGAGUCACUGAAAUAGAAAAACAAACAGAGUCCUGUUUUAAUCUGACGGAGACAGCUCGGUGUGAUAAUCUCUCAAACAAAACAGAUUUAUUCCGAGUGAUUUAUUUAUAUAUUCACUGUAAAAAAGACUCAAACUUCCUCUCCUCUUUCUGCCUCACCUGCUCUUUAAUUUCACUCUCCCCGGCCUUAUCGUCCUGCCAUCUCUCUAAUCUCUCUAUCUCCCCGUCCUGACUGCGCCUCCCUCUGUCCACCUCCCUUAAUCUCCUCCUCCCCAGACCCGACCAUCUCUGUCCCCUCCUCCCCCCUCUCAUUACCUCCUCCCCUCACCUCCUUCGCUUUCAUCCGUCUCCCGCAGUGCCCUCACUUUGAAACGAGAUUUCUCUCCUCCUUUUUUUCACUUAUCUUCUGUCACUCAUUCCUCUGCCUGCCUGCCGGGGCAGACUUACAGUUUCAUAUGUCUCUGGAUCUGUUGUCAUGGUGCAUUUGUCACUUUAAAACGUCUCAUUUGAUUUCCAGCAUGUUCCUAUCAUGUAAAAGCCUGCUUAUAAUUCAUGGACUCUCCAUGAGCCUCAAACCUUCAUGCACCAAAACUCAAAUUCUGUGUUUACCUCAUUAUUAACAGAACAUGCCGCUGAGCUAGUCGUGAGAGGGGACAUAGUCCUAUCGUAUAAAAGAUGCUUAAUGAGUGAAAUAAACUCGAAUCAAGUUAUCUCGGCUCGACCCUCUGGCUAUUCAGACUUGUCUCAUAAAAUCAGUGCCACCAGCAUGGGUGAAAAAUUAGCCACUACCAGCGCUAAAGGUUAAGAAUUUCAAAAUAAUAUUAAAACCUUCAUUUUUUUUAAAGCCUCGCUGCAAGAAUUUUAAUUACAGGUAUAAUUUCUACACAUUUUUGUAUGUGAAAGGAAAACCUUGUAUUUUGUCUUUGUACGAUUAGUCAAACAAAAAUCAAAUAAAAAAGUUCAAAUUGGAAAUUUUCUUUAACCCAAAUCUGCUUCAGUCAAUGUAUCUAUACAAAAAAAUAUUUAAGUUGAAUAUAAAUACUGUAAAAUUUUAGGAUAACUUUAACAGAAGCUCUUAUUUCAUUGUUUUGGCCAUCGACUUCAUUUCUGUUUGUGGAAAUUAAAGAAAACAUGAAAUUUUUGCUCCAAACAGCAGAUAAACAAAGUUAGCUGACCUCCAUGUUUGGAGUAUUUAGACGCUAAAUAGUCUGAAUUCAACCUCUGCAAAAGUGAAGGAGUAUAAGGUUCAAUUCAAAGGUUAAUUGAUCGACAUUUCCACCCUGGACCGGUUCGCCAACAGUCACGCACACUUCCUCUCACACCCACAGACAAAUUAGAGAAGGUGCUGAUUUGAUUAAGCCUUUAAGAGGGAAUAUUAGUGCAUCAUUUAACAUAUAAAGUCAAAGUGCUGGAUACUAAUACUAAACCUGGGUGACGAGUCAUACUGUGAGGUAUAAGUUUGUUGUCGUAAUCCCAGAAUUAGACUGCAGACACAAAAGUUAAAUGAGAGGGUCAUGUGAUUUGCCCAAUUCGUGGCGUCACUUUAAAAAAGCCUGAUACAUAAAAAAAUGACCAAACAGAGACUUCAAGAGUGCUGGGGACCUAAAGAGACAGUAGCUUUGAUUAAUUUGGGGUCAAAUAUACGGCCAUAUUUCAAAAUUUGUGAUUUUAAAUAAAGGAACACAACUUAGCAGUGUGGUAACAGUGGAUGAGGCUUCAGGAGUGCUGGGGGGCCUAAAGAACCUGUAGAUUUGAAGAUUUUUUUUCUUUCCUUAAACUCUCCGGGUCUCGUUAGGGGUCAGAAUAUAUUGCCAUAUUUCAUAAUUUGUCAUUAUACAUAGAGGAACACUUUUUUUGUAGUGUGGCAACAGCAGACAAGUCUUCAAGAGUGCUUAGAGGCCUGAAGAGACAGCAGCUUACAUCAGUCUUUCCCUUCCUUAAAUUUUUAGUCAGAUUUGGGGUCAAAUAUUCGGCCAUAUAUUUCACAAUUAGUCAUUUUAGAUAAAGGAACACAACUUCCCAGCAUGGCAACAGUGGAUGAGGCUUCAAGAGUGCUGGGGGUUAAAGAGACAGCAUCUCUGAUGAAUAUUUUUCUUUCCUUAUAGUUUCAGGGUCACAAUUGAGGUCAGAAUAUAUGGUCAUAUAUUUCACAAUUUGACAUUUUAAAUGAAAGAAAACCUCUAUGCAGCAUGGCAACAGCAGAUGAGGCUUCAAGAGUGCUGAGGGGCCUAAAGAGGCAGUUUGAAGGAAGAGUUUUUCAAGUUUUCCUGAGCUGUAAAUCGACUAAAAAGCCGUCAGACAUACUAAACGUUGUAAAGCUUGAAAAUGAGCGUAACCUCCCCUCUUUACAGAGCCAGUGCUGAUCUUUCUAUUUGUAUUUAUUUCCUAUGUUUUAAAUAAGCGCAAAGCCAAGUCAGUUUUAUGUGUUGGUUUCAUCUGUUAGUUCCCCCAGUGAUACAAAAAAAAACAAGUUAUUGUGGGAGUUCACUGUGAGCGAUCCUACCAGGAAACAAUCACAUUUUAAAUCAACUAUUGAUAAGUGAUUGUUUUCUUUAAGAAGAACAUUAUCAAAGUUUCAUAUCCAGUUAGUCGAGGACUGAUACAACUUGUCCGCAUGCGAUGUAUAUUUCUAAAAAUAUUGAUGUAACCAUAACAACAGGAUGAGACAACUCAUCAAUUUGUACAAUGAAGCUUAAUAGCAAUGACUAUUUUAUUUCCUCUGCCUGAUUGACUCAAUGUGCUUUAUAGUGAGGACAGUACAAGUAUUGAGAUUCACUUCCAAGAUGCAGCAAAGCUUACACGCAAAACAACAAAACAGAAAAUCAAAUAAAAACAAAGAUGUCAGUCCACAUAUAUCACUAAAAGCACAGUAGCUGUUCAUGGACUCGAGAACACUUCAGAUGUAAAAAGCUUCUGCAAAAGAAAAGUUAAAUUGCGGAGGUAACUCUUGAGUAAACUUGUGUUAUGAUGGUUGACAGCACUCGUGUAGAAAAAUCGAAUACACUCGAAGGAGCUCUCAAAGGCAGGAUGAAUUCAUGUCUUUAUUUGAAAACACAAAGAUCUGAGUUUGUCUGCAGGGUUACUAAUCCUGCACUCUUUCUCUUCCAAUAAUCAGCAACCACCCCUUGAAAAUUUCUCCCGUACUUUUAAUAUAAUUUCACAUUCCUGGCAAUCCUUUAAUAUCACAUAUCAGCGGAAUUCACUCGGAGGUCAGACCAGUCCAAACACUGCUUAAAACAUCUGGCUGUGAAACCAAUAAAAGGCAUCUUCUCAACAGGGCACAGUCUUAGCUGGGUGAGUCUGACCCAAGGUCCAGCCAAGCUCUGAGCUCAGAACAGGAAAGCAGAACCAACUGGAAUAAACUGGUUUUAAUGUCUUUCUGAGUACUGAGAGAAAAAUGCUCAAGAGUUUACACGAGGUGAUUCAUGGAAACGAACAAAUAUGAGGCAGUACACGUGGACUUUAUAAUGAGAUUAUACUUGAUAUGAUUAUGUGCUGAACUCAUUACUCACUGGAUGAACCGUGACAACUAUCUCACAGAAUAUGCAAUAUGAAACAGCAACAACAACAACCAGAGUGCAAGAACUUGAUGUGCAGCUGUGCGAUGUUUCUAUGUUCUAUUCUAUUCUGUUGAUUGUGUUUCUAUUCCAUGGUGUUGUAUUCUUAUCUGUUUGUCUGUAUCUUAUCAUGCUGUAUUCUAUUCGAUUUUAUUUUGUUUCUACUCCAUUUUACUUUAUCAACUUUCCUUUUAUUCUAUUCUCUUUAAGUCUAUUCUUUUCUAUUUUGUUAUGUUUUAGUCUAGUCUGUUUCUCUGUGUUGUAUUCUAUCUUUUCUUUUAUAUUCAAUUCUAUUCCAUCAAGUUCUAGUCUAUUCCCUUUAAUUCUAUACUAUUUUCUUCAUAGCAACAGUCUGCUAUUGGAAAAUGACAGACUGUUGCUAUGAGGAACAGACUGAUACUAAGGGUGUAAUCACAGAUUCUAAAAGACAAACUCAUCAGGUUACAGGUCGUCUUAGAAUCUGUGAUUGCACCCUUAGUAACAGUCUGUUCUUCAUAGCAACAGUCUGCUAUUGGGAAAUAACAGACUGUUGCUAUAAGUAACAGUUAGUAAGAGUGCAAUCACAGAUUCUAAAAGAUGACCUGUAACCCGAUGAGACUUUUUGUCAUCAAGGUUACAGGUCAACUUUUCGAAUCUGAUUUAAACUGCACCCUUAGUAACAGUCUGUUCUUCAUAGCAACAGUCUGCUACUGGGAAAUAACAGACUGUUGCUAUGAGGAACAGACUGAUACUAAGGGUGCAAUCACAGGUUCUAAAAGACAAACUCAUCAGCUUACAGGUCGUCUUAGAAUCUGUGAUUGCACCCUUAGUAACAGUCUGUUCUUCAUAGCAACAGUCUGCUAUUGGGAAAUAACAGACUGUUGCUAUAAGUAACAGUUAGUAAGAGUGCAAUCACAGAUUCUAAAAGAUGACCUGUAACCCGAUGAGACUUUUUGUCAUCAAGGUUACAGGUCAACUUUUCGAAUCUGUGAUUUAAACUGCACCCUUAGUAACAGUCUGUUCUUCAUAGCAACAGUCUGCUACUGGGAAAUAACAGACUGUUGCUAUGAGGAACAGACUGUUACUAAGGGUGCAAAAACAGGUUCUAAAAGUUGACCUGUAACCUGAUGAGAAAAGACUUUUUGUCAUCAAGGUUACAGGUCACCUUUUUGAAUCUAAUAGCAACAGUUUGCAAUUGGGAAAUAACAGACUGUUGCUUUGAGCUGUUGCUAGGUAAUGACCAAUGAGAAACAAGUACUGAACACAAUCAUGGAAUAAACAGUUAAAAUAGUCAGGUGUUUUCUCGCUCUUCCAGAUCUUCCACUACACGGGUGGAGCAGCCUAUGUUGACAACAAGGGCCCGUUUAGGGACAGGUUGGAGUUCGUAGGGAACCCGGGCCGCCGUGAUGGCUCCAUCCUGCUUAAGAACCUGGAGUUCGCCGACAACGGCACCUUCACCUGUGACGCCAAGAACCCCCCUGACAUAGUGGGCCGGCCCUCCAGCGUGCGCCUGCUGGUCUUUGAGAAGGGUGAGACAGAAGGAGUACUGUGAGUCCCGUCGGGGAUCGUCAGGAAAAUCGAAUUCAGAGUCUAAUGCCUGUGUUGUCUUACAUCUGUGACUGCUCGUUAGCUUUCCGUUGAGCCCAUAUGGCAUAUUCUAGUGAAUUUUAGUCAUCAAAAGCCAACUGUUUUCAAUUGUUGUUAUAAUCAUCCCAAACUCUGAAAUUAAUCUCAAUUUGCUCUGCACAUCAGACUUCGGCGAGUCCUGCGUUCAGACUGCGUCGCACUGCCUCGUUUAGAAUUCCCAGCACCUCCUGUUAAAUGAAAUCAAUUACAAUUUUAUCUCUCCCUCUAUUUGAGAUUGCUAUCACUGCCUCCCUUUGGUUUUUUUCUCCCCCUCUCCUUGCCUUCUCAUCCCAUUUCUCCCCUCUCUCCUGUCUCCCUCCAUGACUCUGUCCCUGCUCUUACCUUUCUUAUCUUUUUCUCUCCUUCUCUGCCUGUACUGCACUUGUGCUCUCAAUCUUUCAUUCAACCUUUAUUUUACCUUUGCUCUCUUUCCUACUUUCAUCUCUCAUUCCUUUAUCUUCUCUCUUUGUUAUUGCUUACCUUUACCUCCCAUUUCCUUCUCUCUAUUAAAACAUCUCCCUCUUUUCGAUUCAUGUUUACCUCCUUCUUCUCAUCCACCCACAGUGCCCAUCCAAGCCGGUGUGAUCACAGGGGCCAUCAUCGGGGUGGUGCUGGGCCUGCUGGUGCUCAUUGUGGUCAUCUACUACCUGAUGAGGUUCCUGGUGGCGCGCCGCGUCUUCAGCCUCAGUGUCAGGUCAGUGACCGGCCUGUGGCCUGCGGCGCUCUGCCAGUCCGGUCUGUGCCAGGGACUGGAGCUGAAGCCAGAGCCCAUCCCUGGCACUGACACCUGCGUGGCCAAGCUGGCAUAGCUGCAGUGUCACGAUUUGAUUUUGGUCAGGUGUAGGAGGUUUAGAUUUGAAGUAAUUCAGCUGGAAAGAGACGGAUAAUAAUCUCCAAGUUAAAUUUAAUCUAAAAACAGAAUAUUCGAUUCAAGUGCUGCAGAGAGAGCACAGAUGGACAACACAUAGAUCUCCUGAAAUGAAGCUAAAACUUAUGGACCGAGAAAAUCCACAAUGUGUGGUUUCUGUGCAGCUGCGUAGCUCUUUCUUGCCUCAUCCGAAAAAGGCCUGCACACUUAACCUUCUUUAGGUGAAACAUUUCUCCUAAACUGACAAAGGUUUUCAAACAAACCAUGACGUUAUCAAACACUUUUCUGUUGUUUCUAAAGGAACGAAAGUAGGAACAGCUGAGCUUAAACACUUAAAAAUGGUUUCAGAUGAGUGAAUGGCAUUAAUUAGUAAAAGGCUAACCCCCAAUUUCCACCACAUCAGUAACGGCUUCACGACAGAACAGCGACAAUUUUCUAAAGUUAAAAUGUGAUUAAAAAAAAGCUAAAACGCAGGCCUACCAUGAUAAAAAGAAACCUUGCAUAUGUUUACAUUUUCCCUUCCCCAAUGUAGGCUGCUCCACCCGUGUAGUGGAAGAUCUGUAAGAGACAGAAAAAACUUUAUAAUUUUUACUGUUUAUUUCAUGACUGUGGUCAGUACUUGUUUCUCAUUGGUCAUUACCUAGCAACAGCUCAUAGCAACAGUCUGUUAUUUCCCAAUAGCAGACUGUUGCUAUGAAGAUUCUAAAAGACGAAUGUAAAUCCUGUUAUUUUAAGAUAAGAACUUUAUGUAUCCCCGAAGGGAAAUUCAGUAUAUUUUAUACAGUUAAAACAUCAUAAAAAUAGCUAAAACACAGGCCUACCACGAUAAAAAACAAACAAACUUGCAAAUGUUGAAUUUUUCCCUCCCCCAAUGAAGAGAUCAGGUUUAACUAAUUGCUGAAAAAUAUCAGUUAUCACCUUCCCUUGAUUUAAAUGUUGUUUAGUGCAGCAGACAUAGAUGAAGCUGUCUGUGCAUGGAGGUGAUUUGGCUUCACUUUUGCACAGACAGAAGUGUGUUGUCCAUCUCUAUAGACCUUUAAAGUUUGAUCAUCCUCUCGAUCAUGCAGAUAAAACAUCCAUCAUCUCGCUCAUUCCCAUCCACUCUUAUGGGAUCAUCACCCAUCCUGCACCUGGGGGCUGUGUUUGAAGACAGGGCCACUAGAUUAGCUUGAUGUUCCCUCCACGAUGGCUGCCAGGCAGUGCUGCCCCGUGACCACUGGAGGGAGAGAUAGAUUCGACAUCCUGACAUUGUCUUUCUUUUGUCCCCUCCAGCAAACAUGGCAAGAAAAAGAAAGAGGGAUCACAGCAGAGACAGGCAAGUUACCUCCUCCUCUCACUCUCCUCCUCCUCUUCUUCACACCUCCUGUUUUCACCCCCACCCCUUCCUCUUCCUCUCUUCCUCACACCCCUCCAUGGCAUAUACACCUCCAGUCAAUAAACACCAAAUGCAACAGCUUCUCCUCCUGUCACGUACAGGAGCUAAAAAGCGAAAUGACGUCUUUUUUUGAUGGGGUUACAAUAGCGUUGUGUGUUGGGAUAUUUGUAAGGCUCAGGAAACGUGUUGUCAGAGGGAAUAUUCAUCUUUUCUGAAGCAGUACAGCCGCACAAUAGCACACAUCAGACAUGACAGUGCAGAACGGCACAGUUUCAUAAUCGCAUUCCCCCCAAUGCCAGUCCAGGCAGCUCAAAUAUGUCCACACACACUCACACGCGGCUCCUCCUUGAAGCGACGUAUCAACAACAAAAUAACAUGUCAUUCAAACUCUGCCCGCCGAACACUAAUAACAGUGUUCAAGCUGUUAAGAUUCUCAGCAUUCGAGGUGCUUUAGAGGCUCUCACUGCUCUUCCUCUCUCUCUCUCUCUCCCUCUCUCGUGGCCCUCACUCCUCCUUCAGCACCCUCAGGGGGGCCAAACAGCACGGUGCGAGUAAACAGCCACAGGGCAAAAAUCAAACCAGCGGCUGUGAAAUGACCGAGGCCAUGUCACGGCCCUAAUGCCAUUGCGGUAUUGAAUGGAGGCUGUGAUUUGCUCGCAGUGGGGAGAUGGACGAGAGCUGCUGAUUCCUCUCACUGGGAGUCAAAUGAAAAUCACUGGGCCUAUUAUGAUCUGGGCUGUUAUCAGUGGUUUUACACUGCUGCACGCCCAGGAUCUGGGGUAUUUUCUUUCUCUCUCUCUCUCUAUUCCUCUUGGGAGCGCGAUCGCCUAAAGUGGUGGAUUAAUCAGACAUUUUGGUGGCUUGUAUUCUUUAGUGAAUACAUGGCACCGGGGCAAGUUCUGUUUGAUUACUCUGUGGUAAAGCGGGGGCUGGAUGGUUGCGGGGGGGCGCGUUGUAAUCGACUGUACGCCCCGCAUGCUGAUAAUGGGGAGAAAAAGGGGGGAGUCGGGGGACUUAAGUUCAAGGCGUUUUUCUAAAUCAAAAAAUCAGCUUUGAGAAGAGAGAGGCUCUGAAGUUAUCAGAGGAGGGAGAUCAAAGAUGCCAUUGUGACAGGGAGUCAUUUAGCUGCAGGUGGAAGCUAAUGUUAAGACGAGGCGGCGGCGGUGGUGGCGGUGGUGGCGGCGGCGGUGGCUGCAGGCUUCUGCUAGCAGUAAGGAGUGCGCCAUCUACUCCCUGUGGACUAAAGUGCUGCAGAGAACUCUGGGUCUUUAAAAAAAGGAGUCUGAUAAUGUGAUUCAGCUCCCACACACAGAUUUAAUAAUAAUACACCCAGACUUAGCCAUGUUUGAACUCUAUCACCGGUUUGUUUCCUCUUAAUAGUUGAUGAAAAUGUCCGACACGCUCUCUAAUUAGCUGAAUAUGUAACUGAUUAAUCUUUUCUUUUGUCAUUUACACAGCGAGUCUGUUUAAAAAGUAAGGUAACACUUUACAAUAACCGUAAUUUAUAAAUAGUAAAUAGAUCAUUUAUAUAUGGUAAACAGAUAGUUUAUUGAUGUUUAAUCUAUAGAUAGCAUAUAGAGCAUAAAUAAAUUGUGAAUUUUACAAUUUUAAAAACCGAACCCUAAAGGUCCUUUCACACCAGGAGCGUUUUUUUCGUGCGAUUAUUUCGGACGUCAAUAUUUUUUUUUCGAACCCGUAUCCUGUCAAUACAAGCGUUGACAUCAGUGACGUUUUCGCAUUCUGUGAUAUUGCGGCAUUUAUUUUUUUCGUAUCACAUUUCAAAUUCUCUGAAGUUUCGCAUACUGUGUGUCCACUUCUGACCAAUCAGAUUGCGUGUUGUUGCGAUGUCAGAUUCACCGGUAUGUCCAACAUGGCCGACCGUCUGAUUGUUUACAUGUCAGAGAACAGAGUGAUUCUUGAUAAAAAACACAAAUAUUACAAAGAUAACGACCUGAAGGAAAACUUGUGGAGAGUCAUAGUAUCAGAUUUCUCAUAUGACGAUGGUUUGUGUGCUUUAACAGUUUGAUAAACGUCUUUGUUUUAACUUUCAUCUGUGCUAAGUAACUUUAGCUCGUAAGCUAACCUGUUCAGAUACAACAUACCGUAUGUAUUUUCUCAUUUGUUACCUUACGUUUAUGGAUUAUGGUUUAAUGUUCUUAUCUGGUACUGGCCCCGACUCAGUACAUGCUAUCAUGACAGACAGACAUCUCAACACUAGAGUCUAAUCAGAACUGAAAACAGUCAGUCUGCUGUUGUGUCAGUCUUCUCGCUUCCAUCCGGGACGCGUCUUUUUCCCCCCGGAAAGUCGCAAAAUCGCAUCGCGCUUGAUGUGUAUAGUCAGGUGCGUCAAAAUAUCGCCUCUGAGUAUUUCGCAAUUUCGCGUCGUAUAUUUGCGUCGCUCCCGGUGAGUAAGGACCUUAACCCUAACUUUACAAUAAGCAUCUAAGUAAUGUUUGUAGGUGAUUUAUAAACCACUUGUUAAUCAUUUACAAAGUAUUACAAACAUCAGUUGCAACUUUGCAGGAACCAUCUAAAUAAUAUUUAUAGAUGGUUAAAAACCAAAUAUGAACCAUUUACAAAGUGCUGCUGACACACAUUUUAAUCUAGAUGUUUUACAACCAAUAUUUAAACCCUAUAUGAACCUUUAAUAAAUAGUCCAUUAAUGAUUAAUGAAAAUUAAUAAUCAUAAUUUCAUUGCUUGUUAAUGGUAAAGUAACUCUUAACUUUCAUUAAUAAACUAUGUAUUUGCCAUUUAUUAUUGGUCUUUUUCCUUUUUUUAAAUGAUUAAGAAACAUUAAUAAACUAUCUAUUUACCGUUUAUAAAUGAUGGUUAUUGUGAAGUGUCACCAAAAGUAGCUAAAGCUCCAGGAUGAUUAUUUAGUGAAAUCAAAAUAAUGCUGCGAUACAAUAAGUGCGCUCAUCCUCGUCUCCCCGGAGCCCCCCUCUUCUUCCUCCCUCUUCCUCCCUUCUGUCUUCUUCUUCCUCCCUUCUUCUACCGCCGUCUGAUUGUCAGGUUACUCUUGAGCAGCAGUCAGUUGCUCUCAAGUGCCUGCGGCGGGUGACAGUGCAUAUAUGAAUAAAUAACUCGCCUCCAAAAGGACAGUGAAAUAUUUGACAAUGUUGUCAUUUACAGUUACUCUCCAGCAGAACGAUGGGAGUGAGAAAAAACAGCCACUCCAUUUCCGAGGCUGGAAAUCUCAUAUUUUUUUAUUUGUAUUUAUUUCCUCCCUCCCUUCGCCGAGCUGAUCCCUUUCUUGCAGCUACGCCGCACACAGAGGACUCUGGGGAUUUUUGCAGUGUGCUCAUAAGUGGUUGUUUGAUCAAAUAGCCCUUAUUAGGAGGCUCUGCUGACACGACACAAUUUAGUAUCAGCCCUCGCCAUCUUCGUUACUUUCCGUUUGCUGGCCUUGCACUACAAAUCUUUGAAAAAAAGGAGGAAGCUGCGGGUGAGGCAGGGAGCUGAGAGUGAGGGAGACAAGGAGACAAAAGAAACCCUGUGGUGUGUGCUAGUCCCCAUUAGGUGGAGUUGUGGGAGAGGAGUUUACCCUGCAGCCACACGAGCUCUCGCAGCAGUGAACACACAUACUGUACUGGAAUGAUAAUUGAGUGCACUUGGUAUCGAUCUUCGCCUCACACACACACACACACACAAGCACGCACGCACACACACCCAUUCUUCUCUCCUCCCUCCAAUUGCCUCCCCUCCUUCCCUCUCCUCUUCCCUUCACAUCACUUACUCCCUCCCUCCCUCCUUCCCUCACUCAUCCACAUUCCUUUUAUCCGGUCCCCUGUCUCUCCCCCUCUCUCUCUCUUUGACUUCCUUGCUGACCAUCAGAAGCAUCUAUCUGUCCGUAAUCCCCCCUCUCCUCUCCUCCUCCUCUCCUCCCUUAACCUCCUCUCUCUCUCUCUCUCCAGUAUCUCUCCUUCCCUCCUCAGGUCUUCAGGGUUCUGAUCAGCCUCGGUUCUGGACAGAAAAUCACUACCUCUCACUCUUCAUCCACCUCUCAGUCUCCCUCCUCACCUGUCACCGUCUCUUUUUAGCAUGCAGCAGGAGGCGCAGCCACUUAACUACCUAUCUACCUCCCCGCCGGUCCCUCCUGUUUGGCCACUGUACCCACAUCUCCUCUAAAGUGUGUGCAGCCCCCCGUAACAAGGAGAAAGGGGGGGUCUGCAUUCAGCCUCAGCAGGCGCUGCCGCUGUGUUUACGAGGCAGAUCUGUCAUUAGCGUGGGAGCCUUGCGAUACAUUGAAGGAAAAACAGAGCAGUACCGUGGGAUACAUAACGGUAAACAAUACGAUGAUGUAUGAGGGAGUGGAAGUAUGAUCGAAGGUAAUGACACCGGAUGGGACGUGCAGCUGCCCCAUCGAGCUCGAUGGUAGCGGCCUCGAUUGCCGUCUUAUCAGAGAGCGUGCUGCUUUUGCACAGCCCAUAAUUAAAGAUGAUAAAUUUUCUAAUGCAAUCAGCGGGGUAUUAUUAGACGGAGCUUCAGCAGCCUCCAGUGUGCUUCCCACCGUCUACUAACCUGAUGUGCUGGAGAGUGAAAAGCAUGAAGACUGAAAUACUUGUUCUCUUCCAAACAGUGAAACAGGCCUUCAGGUCAGCGAGUGGAGGAGUACAAAAAGUACACAGUUACUGUAAGAAGAAGCAUUACCUCCCCGUAUGAGGAGAGUUUCAUUAAGCUCCAUCAGAGCAUUAUCCCGCACUUGUGCCACUUUUCAAGGGGUGAACUCACGGGUUAAUGCACAGGCGCACGGCUUUGUUGAGUAAAGUGUUACCUUGACCUUAUCUCCUCUCUGUCCACUUCCUCUUCAUAGACUUGUUGUGCUCAAGUGAAGCCUCUCUUUACUUCCUCUUUUCCUUCCUCCCUCCUCCUCCUCUUCCUUUUAUAGAUUUUAUCUCAGAGAUGUUAUUUUGGACACUGCACAGACAAUAUGCAGAAUGAGUGGGAGUGAAUGGGUGAAUUAUAUAAGUUUUCUACUUGAAUAGUUAAAGCUGAUGUCCCACAGAGAGUUGAGCAGCUUACCUCUCAGCUACAGCAAAGUCCAUAUUGAUUUAUUCAUGUUUUUAAUCACUAUUUCAAAGCGUCGUUAUGUAAUUUAGUAACACACAUUAAAGCUUUUCGACAUCUAUGAAAUAAACUGAAAUUUAUAUUGAUGAAUUCUAAUUUUAAGAUUUAUCAGGGCUUUACUUCACCUUUGUUUGGCACUACUUUCAGAGACCACAUAUACGUACGUGCACUUCGACAUGAUCAGCUGAUCAGGUCUGUGAUAUAUGAGUUACUUGAUGUACUGUGUAUUUGUGUAUUCUUGCGUCUCAGUUUGACAAAAAUUGAAGCUACAACUUCUGAAAAUUAUCCGGCAGUAUUAGGGUGAAUCCCUUAGAAGAGGACAGGACUAAGCAGGGGCAGAGUCACAGAGUCCCACAAAGUUUAAUUUUAAGAGUUUUUCAGGUCCGAUCGAGCGUUUUUACAUGCUGACUCAGUAUGUCCAUGUGACACAAAUUUGAAACUUCCGUACAAAACCUCAGAGAUUUGUAGGAUUUUAUAAAUUCCCCCAGACUAGGAAGAGGACAUGUCCGGGUAAAAGAGGACGUAUGGUCACCCUACACAGUGUUAUCAGCUCCCGGCCUUGACCGAGUUUUCCUGCAAUAAUCUCAUGUGGCGACAUGCCAUUUGCGUACCAAAACAUUCAAGAAAAUACACGAGGGAGCGGCUUUUAUAAUAUUUUUGAAUGAUAGCGCAGUUCUGUCUUUUUACAUCCUUUCUUCCUUUAUUGACGUUUUGUUAACUACUGCUAAAAAAACCUGACGCAUAAACGCUGUUCCCGAUGUGCAAACUCAUGAGCAUUAGGCUCGUUUCAGUCUGAUAGAAACGUUGAUCUCCAGCUGCUCUAUGUAGGUAUCCGACAGUGUGAUAUCACUCAGACUCGCCUGUUUAGUCCAAUAAAAGGAGUUUUUGUAUUCUGAUAACGUUAAUGUCUCCUGCAGCUGAUGGAUUGUGUCAUUUUACAGGGUCCUAAAAGCCCCACUCUGAUUACUACUUACAGUGUUCUCAGUGGUCUUUAAAUUGUGAUUAUGAAGUUUUAGCCAAAAUCACGUUACCUGUGUCCUUUUUAAGGUCUUUUCUUCUGCAGAGCUCCAGUAGCUCAUUAGCAAUUCGUCUCUGAGUCGCAGGCGGAGGCGGAGACAGCGUUACUCUUCACACUCCUCUUCACGUUAGCUUGUAGCCUAACAUUGUCAGUGUAGUAGAAGUGGAAGGUAACAUCGGAGCUAUUCAGCUCUCGGACACUAAUGUCUUUAGGGACACGAUGAAAGCUAAUAUCAUAGUUGGCUUUGCAAUCUGCAAACUAUCUGCUUCAUAGCGAGGCUCUGGGGGCGGAGCUUGGAUUUGUGACAUAGGAAAUCUCACUGUGUCUGAACCUGCCGUUUGGGUCUGCCAGAGAUUCACAGCGAUUUGAAUGUGGAAAUACUCAGAAAUGCAGUUUUGCACUUACUUUUCACACUACGUGUCCUGUAGCGUCAGAAAAAUGCCGUAUGAAAGUGAAGACAACAAGACAAACAGGAUUUUCAUUUUCAUUUUCAGGAUUCAUUUCAUUUCAGUGGGUCUUUAGGUGCUUUUGUUACCAAGUCUCAAGCAUUUUUCUUGAACUUCGGCUCAUAGUGGGAUCUCUCCUGCUCUCCUGUGUCUUCUUGAGUCCACAGUCAACGACAUCACCCUUAUUUUUAAGUUUGGUUGUACUUUUAUCCGUUUGAAACCCGCAGACCUGAACAGCUGAUCAGUGUGCUGCAGGCCGGGGAAUAUACGAGCCUCCUGAAGGUGAAAUAAAGCUCUGAAAACUUUCCGAACUGAGUGCACAUUUACUUCCACAAAGAAUAGCGCGUGUUAAAAUUAGCUGAAUCACAUGCUCCGGCUGACCCAGUCUGCAGUGGCUGAUAGUCGAGCUUUUGUUCCGGUCCUCCAGCUGGUUUCUCAACAAAAGGGCCGAGCUGACCGGCAUCCCCCGUGGCUAACACACUUACUAUUGACAGGUACAUUAUAUACCUCCACUUAAAAGAAAAAAACGGGACUAUCCUUUGAAAGCGCAGACAGCCUUUAAACAAUCAAAUUCACAACUUCUGAUCUAGUUUUUACUGCAGAGUUAAAAUGAAUACAUGGACAGUUUGAUUUGCAGCCAGACCGCCAUGGGAGUUUGGUCUGGUCUGGACUAAAUACGGUCCAACAGUUAAGUUUCUUUUCUGAUCCCUCAGGACGCCUCGUCUUUGUUUUCCACAGCAUUCUGUCUUGACAUCGCGUCUUCUCAAUUUAUGCAUAAAAGAACAAUUUGUGAAAGAAAAGGAAAAAGGAGCAGAAUUUAAAUAACAGAGUCAUUAAAAGAACACAAACCUUCGGUUAAAGAGAGAGACAAACUUUAUUUUCAGUAUGGAAAGGUUAGAUUUGAAUAAUUUAGAUGAGGUUUGGCGUUUUUUUCACUGUCUGUAAUGAUGUGUGUUUCUUCGACUACACACUGAGAUAAAGUCGCAAAAGCUGAAAUAGAGUUUGGAUGUCCUUUUUAAAAAAAAAACGUAUUCUUAUAUUUUUUAUCUACAAACUGCUUAUUAAACAGCGACUGAAGAGAGAGUGACAUCGGACAAAAACUCAGACUUUUAAAGUUGAAUAUCAGCGAGAAGAAUCUAAAAGACUAAAUUAUAAAGAAGCUAAAAGUGUGUGUGAGUGUGUGAGUGUGUGUGAGUGUGUAAGUGUGUGUGUUGUUGUUUAUUUGUCACAGGUGUAUGGAGCCUACCUGCCACUGUGUCCCAUCCUAACGCAUGGUUACCUGUUUUGUCACCCCCUUACAGCUCUGGACUCCGCCUCCUCUCACUUGCUACCCCCUCCCCUAAAAGGACUGUCUCUCUACCUCCUCACCCCUGUCUCUCUGUGUGUCUCUCUCUCUCUCGCCUCCCCCUCCUCCUAAAGGUGUUUUUCUCUCCUCUUCACACGGAUCCACUCGUCCCGCUAACCUCUCAUCCUCUCAUGUCUAACUCUCCGAUUUCACCCUUCCUCCUCCUCCUCCUCCUCCUCCUCUCUGACUCUAUCUCCCUUACGCUCCUUUCCUCCUGAAGUGACUCUCCUCCCCUGUUCUCCCCCCAAACCCCCUCUCCCUCCUCCCCCACAGGGCCCCGCGCCUCCCGCCGACCCCUCCAAGGUGAAGGCGGCCGCCUCGGAAAAGAAGAAGCAGGAGUCACGCAAGGAUAAGAAAUAGGAUACGGGGAAGGGCUGGGGCGGGCUCGCCGGCCGGCUGCUCCAGCCCGUGCGCCAGGCGGUGGCGAAGGCCCAGCCCGAGCGGAAGCAGCGAACCGUAGUCAGAAAGACAGAGAAGGUGGGGGGAGGAGGGGAGGAAGGCCCGGGCAGGGUGCUGAUGACCAUCGAGCUGGAGCUGACCCGCAAAAACGGGGAGGAGGGGCCCGCCGGUGAGGGAGGGAUAGCGAGGUCAAAGUCUCUCGGCCUCCUCUCCCGCCUCGCCAACCAACUUACCUUCAAGUAAUACACCCAAAGAGAGGCGGGGGGAGGGAACGGUCAGGGAUAAGGGAGUGGGAAGUCCACAGGGGAGACGGCAGGAGAGUUCAAUCACAAACCCACCUGACACCCACCAGAACAGCAGCAGCAGCAGCAGCAGCAACCCGAGUCCCCGAAUAAAUGAGUCCAAUCAUAUCAGCUCCUGUCACAGGCCGAGGACUGUAGACGCCGCUGUACGAGCCCAGAUCUAAGAUGCCGUGAUAAUCUCUUACAGCGCCCCGACUACUUUUGUCAGGUCAUAAGAUAUGCCAUUUGAAGCGAGACCUUAAGACGGCGAGGGUUUGAUAACAAAAUCUAAAAAGCCGCUCGCUCCCUGGGUUUUUGCCUCUCUGGUCCCUUUCAUUGUGAUCCUAUCCACCGAGAAAGCUCUCGCCGAGUGCGUCCGAUACGCAUCACCAAUCCCGAGCAGCGGGGACAAGCCAAUUUGCCUUUUAUUUAUUUUAUUUUUUUCUUUCUUCUUCACGAAAAAGGCGCCGUGUCAGACUCUAACUUUCUCCCCUCUCGCUGAUCUCCUUUCUUUUCCUCUCCUGUCCCGUUUUCUUCCUCUUUCACUGUGAUUUUUCCUGCUUUUCUUGUUAAUUCAAAUUACACGAGUGAUUUAUAUGCUAACUGCUCUAUCCUGUCUCUCUUCCUCUCUCGACUCCCUUCCCUCUUUCUUUCUCUUCUCUUUCUUUUCUCUCUCUCUCUCCUGUAGAUAAAGGUCUGACUUCUCCAUGACUGCUUCCACUCCUCUAGUCUGCUCCCUCCUUUUCUGCCCAGCCUGAUGCAACCCCCGUUAUUUCCUAUUAUCUCUACUCUUUCAAGACAGCACUGGCUGUAAGAAUAGUUCCUACUAUAUCAGUGGCGUUGGCGUCAAAUAAUUUUUACGGCGUCUCAUCUGAGACCCUAUAUGCACUCAUUGGGCAGCCUGUAAAACUGUUUUAAGGCCUUAACUAUGCACAUAACAUCCCUAAGAGGAACCUGAAGGACCAUCCCUCUGUGUUUAGAGUCCCCUGAAUCUCCCGCUUUAAUGUUUACGACUCAAUCACACACUGAGCAAAGCGGAGCUGCGAGCGCACUCUGGACUUCAGCUAGAGAAAAAGAGAAGAGAGGAGAGGGGAGAGUGAUAGUGGGAGAGAAAUAUGAUUCCUGCUCUCGGCCCCGCGUAGAUAGAGGUUCAAGCCCUGGAGCUCGGGGUGAUUCAAUCCUCUCACAUUUGAGCUAAUGGAGGUUGUCGCCAUGUCCCUGCCCUAGCUAAAGGGGGCUAUUUCUGGCGCUAUAAGAGCGUACGGGCUUACUGUAACAGCUGCACAUUUUUCAGCCAUCAGGAGAGGGAGGGGAAGACAGAGUGAGAGAGAGAGAGUGAGAGGGGUGCGAGUUUUCCUGCUGUGAGGCUUUCUGCUGUUGACUCCACGGCCGGCCGGCGACUGACAACCUGGAAUGACGUCACGGCCCCCAGAGGGCGGGCGGGCGGGCGGACACGCUCAGGAGUCUGACAAAAGGGCUUACCAGGAAGAGGUGCAGCUUCUGUGCUCUGAGAGUUAUUUUAGGUCCGGUUAAUCCGCCCGCACGUUUCUCCUCGCCAACCCUGGGCUAAUUAUUUGAGCACGUGCUCGUAAUGGGAUAUCUCUCCACAUCUUCCUCUCUCUCUCUCUCUCUCUCUGCUCUCCUCUUUCAUUCACUCUCUCAUCUCUGGAUUCAUCUCCUCCCUCCAACCCUCUUGUUUCAUCCUCUCUGUCCUUACGUCUUUGCCUCCUUUUAUCUCUUCCUCUUCCUGUCUUCUGGUGACUCCGCAGCGCAUUAUUCCCCCCCCACAGUAAAAAAAAAAGGCCUCUACACAAUCCACUCCACUCUUUAAGCCUCUCCUUAUCUGACUGCCAGGCCUUCAGCUCAAUGCUCCGCUCCUCUCUCCAGUCCUUCCUCGUCCUUCCUCUUCUUCUAUUUUUCAAACUCGGUGAUGGACAUCUGCCUCCCCUCCCUCCAUAUUGCCCAACGAUCGACGAACGCCCUCUCACUCGCCCUUCAAACUUCCACCUCCCCCCUAGAAGGAACAUCCCCCCCGUCAGCCCGUCUGUCCCUCCUUCCUUCCAUCCUCCGAUCCUUUUACUGUUUUGUUUUUCUUUUCUGCUGGUUCAAAUGCCGAAAAACGCUCUCCUCCGCCCCCUACUGGUGAAGGAAAGCGGAAAAACACGGGCAGGAAUUCGCCCAAUGGAAACUCAUAAUCCAGCUCGACGUGUGUUUUCUGUAUAUGUGUGUUAAAAUUUGAUGUCAAGCAAAAACAAUGUCACCCUAAGUAAAGCAAAUAAUGUUGUAGUGAGGCGUUUUACACACAAGGAAAGAUGUGUAACCACGGUCUUUGUAUUUUCUGACCUUGUGCGUUAUGGAAGGUACUGUGUGGCGAAGGUAAAUCGAGGUCGUGGCGCGGCGAAUAGAGGUCGGGGUUAGCUUCAGAUUCAGCGCAGUGUGGCUGGGGAGUCAAAAAAGUGAAAAAAGAAAAAAAAAAAAAAGGGAGGAAGGCGCUCGCUCGCUCGCUCGCUCACUCGCUGAGGGGGGAAAGCUUUGGUGGAGGAGAUCUAUCUGACGUGUUAAGCCAAGCCAAAAAUCCAUAUGUAUCACGACAGAUAGAGCCGGCUCUUCCCCCUGAGCUUUCUCUUCGAGGUGCUCCUUCUCCAACCCUGAGCCAAAGAUGGAUUGUGAUCUGCGUGCUUGAUAUGCAGGGUGGAAAGUGUAGACUUGAAUGUUCCUUUAAAAUUCAUAACAGGAAUGGAGGUGCUAAAAAAAAAUCCACGUUUAUAACUGGAGAUCUUCUUCACUAGUCGCUGUUUAACUAUCCAGUCGGAUGGAUUAGUUUGAAUGUUUUUCUGCAAAAGCCACACAGACACCUGACAUAAGAAAAACAGCACUAAAACCUCCUUAAAAAAAAGUGUUUUAUAUGUAUAAUGAACUGUAUUAGUCAUAGACGCUCAAUAACCUUCGUUUAUUUCAGAUGACUGGAGCUUCUUACCGUUUUCUUUCUUUUAUAUAUAUAUUUCUUUUAAUGCUUGUGAUCAAUUCAGAGCACUAACCUCUUUUGAUGACUCUGUAUAAUAUGUUGUAAAGAGAUCAUGAAUAAAAAAAAAAAGCCCCGAGCGCAGCUGUUGUCAACAGAAGACAGUAAAGUAAACCCAGCUGAAAAUGUCUGCAG